AUGGAUGUACUCGAAUUACCUCGACCUGUCAUUAAUUUUCUUCGAACAAUGGCCAAAGAAAGUUGUCGUUAUGCUCUUUCAUGGGACAUAUUUGGUGGACCUGAUUCAGUAACACUAACAUUAACAUGGAAACUUAUUGAUGAUGAAGUACAAUCAUCAAUGAUUAAUGAAACACUAUCAUCACCGCCAUCAUCAUCAUUAUUAAAACAACAACAACAACAACAACAACAACAAAUCUAUGAUAAUCCUCGUAUACGUUCAACUAUUAAAGAUAGCAAUAGACCAUUAUCACCACGUCGUUCACGUCGUGAUGAAAAUACUUCUAUGAAUGAAAAUAUUUCUGUACCAGCUAUAUUUCGUUCAGCUCGAGGCAAAAGUCUUGAAGGUAGUUCUAUACAUUCAAAUAAACAAAUUAUUCCUCAUCAUCAACAUAAUAUAAAAGAACAACAACAACAACAACAACAACAACAACCAUCACAACAACAGCAUAUAUCUAGUUUAGAACGACCAACAAUAACUAAUCAUCAUCACCAACGUCGAACAAAAAAAGAACAACAAAAACAAAUACCAACACAGUCAGAUCAAAUCUAUGGAAAUAUUGCUGAUACACGUUCAACAUCUGUUGCUAAAUGUGCCACUAUAUCGUCUCUAUCGAGUUCUUCUCCAUCCCCUCAGCCAAACAUUAAUAAUAAUAAUAAUAAUAAUCCACCCUUAUCCGUCGCUCAUACUCAUCAUCAACGUACUAAACAACAACAACAACAACAACAACAAUCAUCUAUAACUCCACCAACGACUCGAAAACCUAUACGUUCAUUAAUGAAUACAUCUCGUACACCACCAAUACCGGUUACUAGUAAUACAUCAUCAACCUAUGCAAAAUUGAGACGAAAUAAUAAUGUAACUACUCAUGAUAAUAAUAAUGACGAUGAUGAUGAGACACUUGAUCCAUGGGUAAAACGUUUUGAAUGUUCGUUUGAAGAUAAUGAUGAUGAAACUACAGAACAAUCCGAAGAUAAAGAACCUAUUUCUACAACAACAGGCAAUAUUGAUGAUUUGGGAAAUACAUCUGGCAAAGUUAAAUUCAAGGCAAAACCUGAUUAUUUCUAA